AUUUCUUCGAUAAUAUUUAGUGAUCUCUGCCAUUGACGGAUUGUGGUAGAACAUCGAAAAAAUAAAAAUAUUUUUUGGGAAUCUGCAAUCAUCCAAAAAUUUCGACGUUUUUUUCGAAUAAAAAAUAAGGAAAAAUGACCGUUCCGAAAGCUUCCGGAGAUUCGGCCAAAUACAACAGCCUUGCCUACAAGGAUAAAAGUAAACCCGCCGAUGUCAGAUCGAGCAACAUUAACGCCGCAAAAGCUGUCUGCGAUGCGAUUCGCACGAGUUUGGGCCCCAGGGGAAUGGAUAAGAUGAUUCAAGCUGGAAACGGGGAAGUUACAAUUACAAACGACGGGGCCACAAUUCUGAAACAAAUGAAUGUUAUCCAUCCAGCUGCAAAGAUGCUGGUGGAAUUAUCGAGAGCUCAGGACGUCGAAGCGGGCGACGGUACCACCUCUGUCGUUGUUAUUGCCGGGGCGUUAUUGGACGCUGCCGAAAAAUUAUUAAGUAGAGGCAUUCAUCCGACGGCAAUUUCCGAAUCUUUUCAACGGGCAGCCGGGCACGCCUUAGAGAUUUUGAAUAAUAUCGCCACACCGGUCGAGUUGAACCACAGAGAACAACUCGUCAAGACCGCUUCGACUUCUUUAAAUUCGAAAGUGGUGUCCCAGCAGUCGAGCCAGUUGGCCCCUUUGGCCGUGGACGCGGUUUUGAGGGCCGUCGAGCCGGGUCGCGAAAGCGCCGUCAACCUUUCGGACGUCAAGGUAUUGAAACAGCUCGGCGGCACCGUGGAAGACACCGAACUAAUCGACGGCCUCGUGUUUCCGCAAAAAUUGGCCAACGUCUCGGGUCCGAAGCGGAUCGAAAAGGCGAAAAUCGCCCUGAUACAGUUUUGCAUAUCGCCGCCGAAAACCGACAUGGAUCAUAAGAUCGUGGUGUCCGAUUACGCGGCCAUGGACCGCGUCCUAAAAGAGGAACGGGCGUACAUCCUGAACAUCGUCAAGCAGAUCAAAAAAGCCGGAUGCAACGUGUUACUCGUACAAAAAUCCAUCCUCAGGGACGCGGUGUCCGACCUGGCGCUCCACUUUCUCGACAAAAUCAAGUGCAUGGUCAUCAAAGAUAUCGAAAGGGAGGACGUGGAGUUCGUGUGCAAGUCAUUGGGGUGUCGACCGAUCGCCUCCCUGGACCAUUUCGUCCCGGAGAAUUUGGUGUCCGCAGAGCUGGUCGAAGAGGUCGGUUUCGGCGGUAACCGGAUGGUCAAGGUCACCGGAAUUCAAAAUCCAGGCCGGACCGUGACAUUGCUGGUACGCGGCUCCAACAAGUUGGUCUUGGAGGAGGCCGAACGAUCCCUGCACGAUGCCCUCUGCGUGGUGAGGUGUUUAGUGCGCAAACGAGCCGUCAUCGCGGGUGGGGGCGCGCCGGAGACGGAGCUGGCGCUCCGGUUGGCCGCUCUGGCCGAUAAAAUGGAGGGCGUGGACGCCAUUUGCUUGAGGGCCUACGGGAACGCGUUGGAGAUUAUCCCGUUCACGUUGGCGGAGAAUGCGGGCCUGAACCCGAUCCAGACGGUCACCGAAUUAAGGAAUAGACACGCGAAAGGUGAAGUAUCGGCCGGGAUUAACGUAAGGAAAGGCUGUAUUUCGGACAUAUUGGAAGAGAACGUCGUCCAACCCCUGUUGGUCACUACUUCCGCGCUGUCAUUCGCGACGGAAACUGUCAGAUCGAUUUUGAAGAUUGACGAUAUCAUCAACACUUUUACAUAGGAAGGUGCGAAGAUCUUACUGGGGCGUCCAAGUAAUUGACGUUUAAUUAGCUGGGUCGGAGCAGACGCUUUACUCAUAUACCUUAACUUUAUUUGUAGCGUUAACAAUACUUUGACAGUUUUGUGUUGUAUUCUAUCAAGUAUUCAUAUUCGAUAUGAUAAGG